UUAUUUUCUUUGAGAGAUAAUAAAUUAAUCAGACAGACAUGUUACCCACUUGUCGUAAACGACGAUGGAGCCGGACAAACAUUGCCGGUUCAGGUUGUUUCGUGGUGUCGUGCGUUCCCGUUCCGGAGUGACAUCUUUUGGAAUCAUUUCUUCCUUACCUAUAAUCUAUUUUCUCGAUACAAUUAUUUCUAUGUUCGAUUCGCUUUCAAUUCAAUUCGAUCUCCAACCUCAUCCCAUCAAGAUCGUGUAAUUCUCAUAUGCCUUACCCAUUCAUGACUCUGUUCUCCUAAACGUGCCGUUCUUCUUCUUCUUCUUCUCUCUGUAUUAUCGGGGUGAUUUUGUUCCAACUUCUUUAGGGCUUCGUCCAAGCUUGGCUCUUCAAUGUUAUCGAUUGAGAAUUAUGAACUUGUCGUGUUUAAUACUGAGUUUACUCAUGCUUUAGCUUUCUAGCCUGUAAUUUUAGGUUAUCGAGAUAUGAAUAUGUGUAUUCUUUCACACUGGUUGAGGAUUCAUCUAUACCAUUCAUGUAAUCGUGUAUUGCCCAACGGGAAUGGAUAAAGGUUGGUUCAGUCGAUACCUCCUCUUUUGGCAAACAAGAGGGCUGUGACUGUUUUAUGAAGCGGCAUGCUUUGUUUUAUCAAAUUUCCUUGCAUUUUUGCCGGAGCUAAGAUAGUGGUGUCUGCUUCCAGGACUAUCAUGCGGGUAGCAUAGCUGGUGUUGCAUAAUAUAUUGUGGCAAAUGGCUUUGUCUGCAGACUCAUGGAUGAAGGAAUAUAAUGAAGCAUUAAAACUUGCUGAUGAUAUCAAUGGCAUGAUUUCUGAACGAAGUUCAUUUCCUGCAUUGGGAGCAGAUGCUCAGCGUUAUGCAUCUGCUAUACGGAGGAAGAUCACAAUUUUAAGGACUAGACUUGAUAGCAUACAGUCCCUCUUGUUGAAGCUCCCUGGAAAGCUGCCAAUGUUGGAUUGUAAACUAGAAAAGAAAAGGAUAAUUAGGAAUUGGAAGAGAUUGCUUCAAAUGUUUGGGUUAUCUUUUAUCAGUUUUCGUACCCCAGUUCUUCACCGUCGUAGUGAAAAGUAUACUUCCUCUUUGAUCAAGUUGACAAUACUUGCUUAUCGGUUUCUUGAAUUGGCAUUCCAAAUAAACUUCCUAAUUGAGAUGAAUCGUCGUAAGGACAUGAUUGCAAAUUUGAGAUCAAAAGUUAACCAGAUGGCUUCGACAUUGAACAUGUCAAACUUUGCAAACAGGGACAGCUUGCUUGGUUCUAAAAUGAAGCCAACUGAAGCCGUGAGAAGAACAGUUGGCUUGGACAACUCUGGCCUGGUUGGGCUUCAACGACAAAUUAUGAAAGAGCAAGAUGAAGGUCUUGGAAAGUUGGAGGAGACCGUCGUAAGUACAAAACAUAUUGCAUUGGCAGUCAAUGAAGAGCUUGACCUACACACUAGGCUGAUUGAUGACUUGGACCAACAUGUGUAUGUUACAGACAGCAGGUUACGGGUGGUUCAGAAGCAUUUGGCAAUUUUGAAUAAGCGCACCAAGGGUAGUUGCUCUUGCACGGGCAGGCUCUUUUCAGUUAUUGGGAUCGUCGUUCUGGUUUCUGUCAUAUGGUUGCUGAUCAAAUAUUUGUAAUAACAACAAUGGCGAACCCUGCCAUCUCUCUCUCUCUCUCUCUCUCUCUCUCUCUCUCUCUCUCUCUCUCUCUCUCUCUCUCUGUGUAAUGUUUUGGUGAGAAUUGGCUUGUGUUGUUCUUAUGAUGAUUCUAACAAAAUAUUUGGCUUUAUUGUUUUCCUUUGGUGCUUCGUUUGUGAAACGGAAUUGUAAAUUGCAAUUGUAAUCGACACAGUAAAAUAUAUGUUUAUUUUCUUC